UUUAUAUUAUAUUAGAAGACACUAAUCGAAAAUAAUAAAGACUACAAAGUGAUUGAACGUGAAUUAAACUCGAUUAGUACCAUGCCGAGAAUAGCUAUAACUGAUUUUAGUGGAUAUUAUUAUGAUAGAAAAUUUAUCAUCAAAGAAAUAAUGAUAUUCAAACAUUAUCCAGAUGAUUUCUCCGGUAAUAAGUUGAGAAUAACAGCACCUCCUGGACCAUGUAUUGGUCGUGGAAAUCGUAGACAUUACCGUGAUUUUCUUAGAAGUUGCGGUAUUCCAUGGUAUAGGGGAGAUUAUAAUGUCCGCGUAUUACGUAACGAAUUACUUCAUCUUAUAAUGGAUGAUUAUAGUAUUUACGUAAAAGAUGAUGUUAAAUUUCGACAACUGAAAGAAUUUCUCGGUCUCGGUAAUCCUCAGAGAAUAUUUAGUUUAGGUGACUAUGGAUUAAGUGUAGAAAAUCCAAUACGGAGAAUUUUGUGUCCCUUUCAUCGUGGUCCACGGAGUCGAUUUUAUUGUGCGUAUCAUAAUGGUAUGCCAUUGUUAAUAUGGUAUUGGAGACUGAUCAAAAUUACUAAUGUGAUAAUUGAUUUUAACGGAUAUUACAUUAAUGGUAAUAACUUUAUUAUAAAAGAAUUUAGCAUUUAUGGAUUAAACAACUAUGGAGUUAUUGUGUACCACAAUUUCUUUGUAUCUAAACCACCGACUGACAUAGAAAAUUUAUCAAAUGUUGUAGACAUCUACAAUCGAAAAUAUUAUGAAAAAUUCGGAAUAAAUUGGUCGGAUGGUACUCAUGAAUUAUACCAUCUUCGAACCAUAAUAAGAAAUGUUUUCAAAAUGAGUAAUGCAAUUAAAUAUAUAUUUGUUAAAAACAAAGAUUAUAGAAAUGAAUUGAGAGAAAUAAUUAAUGAACCAGCUCAAUUUAUAUGUUUAAAUGAACUUAAUUACAAAGAAGAAACAACAAGUGAAUCAUUACAAACUGAUUGUAUUUAUCAUACACCUGAAAAUAUUUAUCGACAUAUGUGUGCCGAUUUUCGAGCUCGAAAAAUGGUUGAGUGGAUUGUGAAAAUGAAAUAUUAUGAAAACAAUACAAGAGAAGAAGCAAUAAAACAAAAAAUAUUGUUCAAUGUUGCUCUACGGCGAGAACGAAAUAUGUUUUACAAUCAUCAACAACAAUCAUUAAAAACAAUAAUUGAAAACAUUGAAAACUACAAAGUGAUUCAACGAAAAUCGAAUUCGAUUAGUGAGAUGUCGCAAAUGAUGAUAAUUGAUUUCAAUGGAUAUUAUUAUAACAGAAAAUUCGUUAUCAAAGAAAUAAUAGCAAUUGGAAGUUUUGGACCUGAUUCCAUGAAUAUUACUUCCAGAGUAACAGCACCUCCUGGGUCAUGUUUAGGACCCGAGAAUCGUAGGCAUUACCGUGAUUUUCGUAGAAGAUGCGGUAUCCCAUGGAAUAAUGGAGAACAUAAUAUCUGCAGAUUACGUCGUGAUUUACUUGAUUAUGUAGAUGAUGAAGAUUGGGUUAUUUACGUAAGAAAUGAUGUUAAAUUUCGUCAAUUGAAAGAAUUUCUUAAUUUCGAUAAUCCUCAGAAUAUAUUUAUUUUCGAUGACUAUGGAUUUUAUGAACAAAAUUUAAUACGGACAAAUAUUUGUCCGGCUCAUGAGGCUCCGCUGCCUCAAUUUUAUUGUGCAUAUUAUAGUGGUAUGGAAAUGAUCGAAUGGUAUUUGAAUAUGUUAAAAAUGACUACUGUAAUAAUUGAUUUUAACGGAUAUUACAUUAAUGGUAAUAAAUUUAUUAUGAAAGAAUUUAGCAUUUAUGGAUUAAACAAAUAUGGAGUUAUUGUGUACCAUAAUUUCUUUGUAUCUAAACCACCGACUGACAUAGAAAAUUUAUCAAAUGUUAUUGACAUCUAUAAGCGAAACUAUUAUCAAAAAUAUGGAAUUGAUUGGUCAGAUGGUACUCAUGAAAUAUCGCAUCUUCAAACCAUAAUAUUCAAUAUUUUCAAGAUUGCUAAUGUUAUUGAACAUAUAUUUGUCAAAAACAAAGAUUAUAGAAACGAAUUAAAAAAAUUAAUUUUCGAAUAUGCUCAAUGUACAUAUUUAGAUAAAUUAAAUUACACAGAAGAAAUGACAAGUGAAUCAGUUGACACUAAAUGUAUUUAUCACACACCUGGAAAUACGUAUCGAAACAUGUGUGCCGAUUUUCGAGCUCGAAAAAUGGCUAAGUGGAUUAUGAAGAUGAAAUAUUAUAAGGAAAAAACAAUAGAAGUAACAACAAAACCGAAAAUAUUGUUCGAUGUUGCUUUACGACGAGAACGAGAUAUGUUUUACAAUCAUCAACAAAAGACAAUAAUUGAAAAUAUUAAAAACUACAAAGUGAUUCAACGAGAAUCGAAUUCGAUUAGUGCGAUGUCGGUAGUGAUGAUAAUUGAUUUCAGUGGAUAUUAUUAUGAAAAAAAAUUUGUUAUCAAGGAAAUGGUAGUAAUUAAAAGUUUAGGACCUGAUUCCAUGAAUAUUACUUCCAGAGUAACAGCACCUCCUAAGUCAUGUUUAAGACCCGAGAAUCGUAGGAAUUACCGUUAUUAUCUUAGAAGAUGCGGUAUCCCAUGGAAUAGUGGAGAACAUAAUAUCCGCAGAGUACGUCGUGAAUUACUUGAUUAUGUAGGUGAUGAAGAUUGUGUUGUUUACGUAAAAAAUGAUGUUAAAUUUCGUCAACUGAAAGAAUUUCUCAAUUUCGAUAAUCCUCAGAAUGUAUUUAUUUUAGAUGACUAUGGAUUUUAUGAAGAAAAUUUAAUACAGACAAAUAUUUGUCCGGCUCAUGAGGCUCCGCUGCCUCGAUUUUAUUGUGCGUAUUAUAGUGGUAUGGAAAUGAUGAAAUGGUAUUCAAAUAUGUUAAAGAUGGCUACUAUAAUAAUUGAUUUUAACGGAUAUUACAUUAAUGGUAAUAAAUUUAUUAUGAAAGAAUUUAGCAUUUAUGGAUUAAACAAAUAUGGAGUUAUUGUGUACCAUAAUUUCUUUGUAUCUAAACCACCGACUGACAUAGAAAAUUUAUCAAAUGUUGUUGACAUCUAUAAUCGAAACUAUUAUCAAAAAUAUGGAAUAGAUUGGUCAGAUGGUACUCAUGAAUUAUCGCAUCUUCAUACCAUAUUACUCAAUAUUUUCAAGAUUACUAAUGAAAUUAUACAUAUAUUUGUCAAAAACAAAGAUUAUAGAAAUGAAUUGAGAAAAAUCAUUUUCGAAUAUGCUCACUGUACAUAUUUAGAUAAAUUAAAAUACACAGAAGAAAUGACAAGUGAAUCAGUUGACACUAAAUGUAUUUAUCAUACUCCUGGAAAUACUUAUCGAAACAUGUGUGCCGAUUUUCGAGCUCGAAAAAUGGUUGAGUGGAUUGUGAAAAUGAAAUAUUAUGAGGAAAAAACGCCAGAAGAAACAUCAGAUCCAACAGUAUUGUUCGAUGUUGUUUUACAACGAGAACGAAAUAUGUUUUACAAUCAACAACAAAUUGAAAACAUUAAAAACUACAAAGUGAUUCAACGAGAAUUGAAUUCGAUUAGUGCGAUGUCUCAAAUCAUGAUGAUUGAUUUCAGUGGAUAUUAUUAUAACAGAAAAUUCGUUAUCAAAGAAAUGGUAGCAAUUGAAAUUGAUGGACCUGAUUCUAUGAAUAUUACGACCAGAGUAACAGCACCUCCUGAGUCACGUUUACGACCAGAGAAUCGUAGGCAUUACCGUUAUUUUCUUAGAAGAUGCGGUAUCCUAUGGAAUAGUGGAGAACAUAAUAUUAGCAGAUUACGUCGUGAUUUACUUGAUUAUGUACGUCAUGAAGAAUGUUAUGUUUACGUAAAAAGUGAUGUUAAAUUUCGUCAAUUGAAAGAAUUUCUUAAUAUCGAUAAUCCUCCGAGUGUAUUUAUUGUGGAUGACUAUGGAUUUUAUGAAGAAAAUUCAAUACGUACAAAUAUUUGUCCGGCUCAUGUUGCUCCGCUGCCUCAAUUUUAUUGUGCGUAUUAUAGUGGUAUGGAAAUGAUCAAAUGGUUUUGGAAUAUGAUGAAAAUGACAACUGUAAUAAUUGAUUUUAAUGGGUAUUACAUUAAUGGUAAUAAAUUUAUUAUUAAAGAAUUCAGCAUUUAUGGAUUAAACGAAUACGGAGUUAUUGUGUACCACAAUUUCUUUGUAGCUCAACCACCGACUGAUGUAGAAAAUAUAUCAAAUGUUAUUGACAUCUAUAAUCAAAAUUAUUAUCAAAAAUAUGGAAUAGAUUGGUCAGAUGGUACUCAUGAAUUGUCGCAUCUUCAUACCAUAUUACUCAAUAUUUUCCAGUUUGCUGUUUCAAUUGAAGAUACAUUUGUCAAAAACAAAGAUUAUGGAAAUGAAUUGAAAAAAAUAAUUUUCGAAUAUGCUCAAUGUACAUAUUUAGAUAAACUAAAUUACACAGAAGAAAUGACAAGUGAAUCAGUUGACACUAAAUGUAUUUAUCAUACACCUGGAAAUACGUAUCGUAACAUGUGUGCCGAUUUUCGAGCGCGAAAAAUGGUUGACUGGAUUGUGGAAAUGAAAUAUUAUGAGAAAAAAACAAGAGAAGAAGCAAUAGAACGACAAACGCUAUUUGAUGUUAAUUUACGCCGACAGCGAGAUUUGUUUUAUGAUCAUCAACAGUAAUUAUCUAAAAGCGAACACCUCAAUCGAUCGUUACAAUUAUUAUUAUUUUAUGUCUUAAUCAUGACUUACAUUUUAUUAUCAUGAUAUAAUUUUUAUUUUUU